AAACAUUUUAAUUACUAUAACUGAUGACGCGGACUGUCAUCACUUAAAUGAUUAAACGUUACUUCAUCUAACUAACUAAAAAUGAUUAAAACAGCGAUUCAUCUUGUUGCUCUAAUGGUUCAUCACAACCUUUUACAGCCGGCCGAUGCUGUCAUUUACACAUACGAGGAUGUCGAGUUGAGGAGAAUUUUCCCGAACGAGUUUCCACAAGAUACUGUCCGGAAAACUGGGCGCGUCGAUGCUGAACACUUGGGUCGUUACGCUGAACUCCGACAUUACUUUCUGCAUCCGAAGUCUGCACUAAACAGCCCUUUUGAGGAAUUGGUUUGCUAUGGUGAACAAGGAAAAAGGAUGUGCCAAAUAGACGUGAACCGGUUUUCCGCAGCGGAGAGCGAGUAUGUUAUGUCUCAGAAACAAGAAAGUCACAUUGAUCGUCGAAGAGUGGUGUUAUUAGCUCUCGUCGCUGCUUGCUGGGCGGCUCCCCAGCAGAACCCCCAGGAAGUGCAGAUUCUCCGUCAGGAGUCCGACAACUCUGGGUUGGGCGGAUACCAAUUCGUAUACGAGUUAUCUGAUGGAAGCAAGCACGAAGAGCAAGGAGAGCUAAAGAACCAAGGCACCGAGAAUGAGGCCAUCGCAGUUCGCGGGCAGUACUCCUGGGUAGGUCCUGACGGUGUGACGUACGUCGUGUCAUACAUCGCCGACGAGAAUGGCUUCCAGCCGACCAUCGAGCAAGGGCCCGGCGGAGCAGUCCCGCCAGGCGUUGUCGCCUCCCUUUUGGGCUAAAUGUUUAAGUCAAUAAACUGUUUUAACAGUUCUGUACAUAGCGCCAAUUAUGAAGCUGUAUAUAAUAUUUAUAUACUGA